CUCAACCCUGGAUGUAGCUGAGAGGCCGGGAGAGAGAUCCGCCAAGGAGACUGACGGCGGGGCAAUACCUAGGGGGGGGGGGGGGGGAAGCAGACAGGAGAGCACUCAAAAUAAAAGGCUCUUUACAGAUUUUUUUAUUUUGUAUAGAGAACACGUAGCGACUCCGAAGAUCAGCCCCAAUGAACAUGUCAGUGUUGACUUUACAAGAAUAUGAAUUCGAAAAGCAGUUCAACGAGAAUGAAGCCAUCCAGUGGAUGCAGGAAAACUGGAAGAAAUCUUUCCUGUUCUCGGCACUGUAUGCUGCCUUUAUAUUUGGUGGUCGGCAUCUGAUGAACAAGCGAGCCAAGUUUGAACUGCGGAAGCCGCUAGUGCUCUGGUCACUGACUCUUGCAGUCUUCAGUAUAUUCGGUGCUCUUCGAACUGGUGCUUACAUGGUGUACAUUUUGAUGACCAAAGGCCUGAAGCAGUCAGUUUGUGACCAGAGUUUUUACAAUGGACCUGUCAGCAAAUUCUGGGCUUAUGCAUUUGUGCUCAGCAAAGCACCUGAACUAGGAGAUACGAUAUUCAUCAUCCUGCGGAAACAGAAGCUCAUCUUCCUACACUGGUACCACCACAUCACUGUGCUGCUGUACUCUUGGUACUCCUACAAAGACAUGGUGGCUGGGGGUGGUUGGUUCAUGACUAUGAACUAUGGCGUGCAUGCCGUCAUGUACUCUUACUAUGCCUUGCGGGCCGCGGGUUUCCGGGUCUCCCGGAAGUUUGCCAUGUUCAUCACCUUGUCUCAGAUCACUCAGAUGCUGAUGGGCUGUGUCAUUAACUACCUGGUCUUCAACUGGAUGCAACAUGACAACGACCAGUGUUACUCCCACUUUCAGAACAUCUUCUGGUCCUCACUCAUGUACCUCAGCUACCUUGUGCUCUUCUGCCAUUUCUUCUUCGAGGCCUACAUCGGCAAAAUGAAGAAGACAACGAAGGCUGAAUAGUGUCAGAACUGAGGAGGAAGACAUAGCUCAGGGUCAUCACGAAAAAUAACAGACAAAAGAAAAUGGCACAAGGAAUCCUAUGGUGCAGCUAAAACAAAACAAAACAAACGUACGAGCAGACACAGCCCGAGGCAGCUUGGGAGCAAUGAUUAGUUUGACUUAACCCAGUAAGUUUAUGAUCCUUUUUGGGUGAGGACUCACUGAGCGCUUCUCCAUCUCAAAGUACUGCUGCUGAGGGACCCCUUCCCUCUCCCCUGUCAACUCUAGAACACACUUGAUCCAAAGGGAGCCACGGGCAGGGAGAUUAGUGGAAAACAAGCAAAACACUACAGGAAGAGGGGAAAUAUCAGUUCAGAGUUAUUUUUCUGUAAGGAUAAAGGAGUUCCCCUUUUCAAACUGUGUGUACAUACACACACACACACAAUCUUCUAUCUUUUCAACAUGAAACCAGAGCUGGUAGAAAAAGAUAAACAUGGAAGAGACACAGGGUUUAUUUCUAGAACAGGAAUGCUUUUACAAAAAUCAAGGCCUUUUAAAGAAAGGCUAGCUUGUAGCCCCUGGACAAAGAUGUCUUAAUUAUUUUUACUGCAGCUGAAAUGAAAAAAAUAGAUAUCCUCCCCCGUCACUGCAGAGCCUCAGGCUACUGAGUCUCUACAACCAGAGGACCAUGCUUCCUCGUGAUCCUUUAUUUCUAGGAGAAUAGAAAUCAUGCAGCCCAAAUCCCAAGAAGGUGUCCCAUGACAGACCCUGCAGUUGACGCGUCCUACGGACAACUGUUAUUUCUGCCCUUCGGUGAGCUGUGAAGCAUCCUUUGUUCAGCUGCCCCAGACUUUAGGCCGGAAGGAAAGUUGCAGAAUUGAAAAAACAGAAGCUCAACCAGUUGACUUGAAGAUGGAAUCUUGUACUAUCUGUAACAAAACUCAGCCAAUUGCCACUGAGCUGGCAAAGGGGGAAGGACCAUGGGAAGAGACCAGAGAUUCAUCCAGGAGACAGACAGUAUCUUGGCCUCUCCUCCCUCCCUGUUUGACUUCACGCAUACUCCUGGCUUUCCAAGUAGGCCCCAGUCCAUGUUUUCUAUAUUUUUGUGACUUUCAAAAAACAGAUCUGCGGGGCUCUGCCUGAUUUGGGGUAAACACUGUGUUUCUGCAUCUUCUGCAUUUGCUCCCUGAGCAAUGCAGAGGCAUAUGAAGUGCCCUCUGCUGGCCGAGUGAGAAACUUCAACAAACACCCUUCAUAAUAGGUUGAAAAUAGUUGACCACAAAGGGCCUGCUUAGAUUUAUCCCUAAGUUUUAAGUGCUGUCAAAUUUGACCAAAUUAGAACAGAACCUCUCUGCUUCAAGUAAGCUCAUAAAUUUUUAAAGUGACUUUCACUUGGGAACUCAGAAAGUCAAUGUAUUAAGAGCCAUAUUCUUAAAAAAAAAAAGGAAAGAAAGAAAAAGAGAAAGCUAGACAAUGUUAUUAUCUGUAAUAUUUCAGUCCUCUACAAGCCAAAUAAAUGUGUUCCUAAUAUUUCAAAGACGCAAUUAUGUAAAGUUGUUCAAUGUGAUAUACUAGUAUUCUAAUUGGUUAAGUAGCUUAAUGACUAGGCAAACUAGAUGAACCAGUUAGAGGCUACUGCAGUGCGUAGAUUAUCCACUCAUAACCACGUCCACACACAAGUGUGCGGCACACGGAGCUGCAAAGCCCACGUGAAUAGUAACACAAUUUUUGGCUAGCAGAAACUAUCACUUAUCUUCCUUUACUUGAGAGUGUACAGCAAAAGGGAUUUUUUCCAAAUUAUUUUUAUAUUAUUUUAGCUUUAAUUAUGCUGUCAUUCGUGAAACAGCUGCGCAGCCUUUCUGCGAGAUGGCAUGGGGGUUUUCAGCAGCUUGUCGACAUGUGGAAUUAGAAAAGAAUAAAAUUUGAUUCCAUUCUGUGUGAAUGGGCUACAGAGUGAACAAAGAAUCCAUGCAGGUACAGCCAUGACUGAAGGACCCGGAGCCAAGCCAGGCUGGGGGCAGCUGUUGCAGCCAUGUUAACAUUGUGUGUGGUGGUGUCCUGCUGGCUGACAGAUGAGACGUGAUCGGAAGGAUGUGUUGUUAUUAGGGCAGAAGUUGACUCGAGCCGAAAGUAUAGAGCCACUAGAGCCAAGUGGAGUCUUAGGAUGUAAUUGUUGGAGCCUCAUAAAUGCACAGUAGUGUACAAUGAUAAGCCUUUUCCUUGCCUUACAGAAGAAAGUGAGCAAAAUAGCAAAGAAGAAAUCACCUGUCGGCUGACUUGAAUCUAAUCAGGGCCAGCCUGAGGCUCAUCUGGUUGAUUCAGUUUCGUUCAGAUAUUUAUCACAGAAUACAGGCUAUGAUAUGAAAAUAAGCAUAGAGUUUUAAAAAGACUAAGCUAUGCUUCCAAAGCACCUUAAUCUUGAUGCUUGCUUCAUGCUGUGUUCACUUGUAAAAUAACUUAGACUUUUCGUUUGCAGGAUGAAUAUCUAAUACAUAGUGUCUAAACCAGCUAACUAUAUCUAAAGGCGUCUCCAGUGUUCAUCAUGGGAAGAAAAAGCCACAUUUUUUUUUAAAAACACAAUUCUGAUAUAGGCUCAGCACACAGUUUUUUACAUGUCAGCUUAGCUGCUCUAAUUAUAUCAAGAUACGAGGCUAGACCACUGGCCUAUGACACAUCUGAAACCCGCCAGAGAAUCGACUGCCACCUAGAUAAUGCUGCUGUCGGUUAACAUUCCGGGCAAGCGAGUGUUUUAGCUGCCCCACAAUGCUGCAAUAGGUUAGCUUCCUAUUGAAGAUUUCUCACUGCAUUCUCAGUGUGGUAAAAACCUUAUUCCUGGAUUAAAUGAAAACAAAUCCUUGGUUUCAUAUAAAUGUGGUUUUGUUCACUAGGUCUGAGCAUCAACUCCAAUGAGUGAGUUUGCAAUGAAAUUCUAGUGAGAAACACUCCAUUCACACAAUAGGAGAUUUUAUCUGGACCAUCUAGUGUCACUAUGAGAAAUGAACAACUGUUACUAUUAUUUAUUUAUCGUAUUUAUACAAUGCCAGGCCAAAGGAUUGAAUUAAAAGUCACAGUUCUCAAGGUUAUUAUUUCAGGCAGUCCCGUGUCAUUCCCACCCCCCCCCCCUGAAGUUUUCUAUUCCUACUUCACCCUAGGAACUUGAGACUGGAGGGGAAGUGCAUACGCAUUGCUUCAGGAGAAAGCAGGUUCGUUAUGUCCAUGCUGUGUCCCCAGCAGUCUUCACUUAUAUGUCGAGACCAACUGACCCACUAGCUCAUUCAGAAGCUUCAUUGUGGGUUCAAAGUCUCCAGGAGCCUAGAAGAACUCUUCCAGGGAAAACACCUACAGAUUGUUUUGUUGUUUGUUUUAGGUCCAUUAGAUCUUUGUGAUGGGAUAAAUCCUGUCACAUUAGAGUAAAAAGCACUAUUACACUGGCGUGGGACAUUCCAGAAGUCUGGUUGUAUUCCCAAACUGCUCAAUUACCUGGGAAUAUCCGGUUAGCAUCUUGUUCUGAUAGAAAGAUCUCUUACUCUGAGACUGCCAGACACAGAUGAGCGUAGGCCCUAGCACAUGCUGAGAGCCUUUUCCAGGCAGAUGGAAUGGUCUUUGGACUACUAUUGGACUGCACAAAUGUCAAGGGAGUCCUAGGAGAAUGGAGAAGACCACUUUAGACUCCAUCCCAGAGUCCGAGCUUUGAGUUGCGCGUGCAGGAUCGUUGUGUCGGGGCAUUUCCCUGCGAAGGUGUCGACCCUGGAGAGCAGUUGGGUGAGAAUAGCUUGGUGGUAGUCCAGAGCUUAGCCUUCAAGUGCGUCUUUUUCCAGUCUUUGUUUUGAUAAUGAAUAUUUUGCUGUUGGUUUGGGACAAUUGUUAGAGCCUGUGGUCAUGUGAAUCAUUGUCUUAUACAGCUUAAUGUUAUUCCGUCCCUGUUCUUAGGUGUAGCACCCCAUUUCCUGGUGCCUGAGCUCUCUGGCAUCAGAAAGUGAUUUGGGUGAGAAUUCACAACAUGUGAUCUGUCACUUCUGUUCAUUAAAGUGACAUCUAAUAAAGCAAGGAUGCAAUGUUCUGUUUUGGAAGCUUUGCAUCCUAGUUGGCCAUUGAGCCAACGUCCUCUGUACCUGAUAGUGACACAAAAUAGAUGCUGGUGCUUGUCCAGAAUUCUCAGUGCCUGUUGUGACAGACUGCACUUAGAAACACGUAUGAGCCAUAGGUGAGGCCACAGCUGGAAAGGCCAUUUAAAAAUAUACCCACUUGGAGCAUCACAGAACACCCUGAAAGCCUCUCUUAUAACCCAGUACUUCCUUCAUCCUCGGACUUUUGGAAGAGUCAGGGUUCUCGGAAGGAGUGCUAGAUACCCUAGGCUUCCAUUUUUCCUGCAAACAUUUCCUAAAGUUGUGAUGGAUGCAGAGGGGGCCAUCUGGGUAUUUUGGGGAAGUCUUGGAAACUGCUUUGAUUGCAGGUCAAACAGCCAAAUUCAGAUGUUUCUGUGUCCACACCUCCCCAGGUAUCCUCACCUACCCACAAAAUAAUUGCGUUGUAGUCAAGUUCUGCAGCAGCUUGUUGGUUGGUCCCUCAGAUCAAGAGAAAACCAUAUUUACGGCCCAGCUGGGACACAUCAGAGCAGGCCUUUGACUCACUGGCAUCUAAACAGCAUUUUCCCAACACGUGGCACUUGAGGUUUGUUUGUUUAUUUUUCCCUCUUGGUGACAGAGAUCACGAUGUAGCCCGACAGUGCCUCCUACUGGCGUGGAUGUGUUGUUUCAGUUAUGUCUGGGUCUGAGUGUGAUCGGGCUGGACUUUGCCCACUGCUACCCUGGAAACGACUUUCUGCUUCCUAGGCCCUAAACCCAUAUUCAGAGGGAAACUCACUAUCAAGCCUCACAGCAAAUCACAGCAGUGUUGGAAUUCUUAUUUUCAAGUGCUUAUUUCACAACAUUUAAAAACUAUUUUUGGUGUAUUAAGAUUUAAAAUAAAGUCAUCAUAACUUUUGAUUUAAAA